CAUUCAGGAAAUCAAACUGUGGGUGUGACAUUUUCAGCAUAUUUCUUGUCAGGUUUCUAUUUCUACAAAGCAAAGCAAAGAUGGGGAUCCUUCAAAACCUGCUGUUCACCAUCUGCAUUGCUCUGAGGUGUAUGACCAGUGCAGAAGGGGUGAUCCAUGUGACUGGAUACGUGGGGAGUGAGGUUAACAUUUCCUGCUCCUAUGGCCAGGGUUAUGAGUCUUAUGAGAAGUAUCUGUGUAAGAACAAAUGUUUAAUCAACAAUGAUGUUCUUAUUACAACAUCGAAAUCAAGGGAAAAUAAAUACAGGAUCCAUGAUGACAAAACAGCACGAAUCUUCACAACAACCAUCACUGGUCUUCUUUCUGAAGAUGCUGGGAAAUACUGGUGUGGGGUGACCAGAACUGGAACAGAUAUCUACACUGAAGUUAUGCUGAAGUUAGUGCAAGACAGCUGCUGUGACACUGUGACCAAAAUUGAAAGUUAUGAGGGAUACUCUGAGUCUGUCAGUUGUCCAUACGAGUCUCAGUACCAGAACAACCUGAAGUACAUCUGCAGAGGAAAUCGGCCCUCCGCAUGUCUGCAGGAGGCACUGAUCACCUCUGACACCAAACAAAAUGGACGAUUCAGACUUGAUGAUGACAAAGUGUUGUUUACUGUGAAUGGAACAUUCACAGUAAACAUGAGCAGUUUGACUCAUAAUGAUUCAGGGUCAUACCUUUGUGGUGUCCAAAGAAACUCUGACCUGGAUGUUUUCUCUGCUGUUGAGCUGAAGGUCAAAGAGUGGUGCUGUGUCAAGUCAAUUAAAAUAAAAGGUACUGUUGGACAGCCUCUAACUUUGCAGUGCCCUUAUCCUCCACAACAUCUGGACAAAGGGAAGUUCCUCUGCAAGGGAGAGCACCGCACCAACUGCAAAGACAUAACCAGUCAAAGCAGGUUCAAACUUGAAGGUAAUGGUUCUUCCAGCUCUUUCUCUGUGGUGAUCACAAAGUUGGAAGAAGCAGAUGCUGGGACAUACUGGUGUGGGUCAGACUCAGAGAGGAGGCCUGGAAACUACACCAAGAUUCAGCUUUCAGUUGAUGCAGGACAGUAUGUGGUUUAUGCUGUGCCCGCUGUGCUGCUGCUACUGAUAUGUGUCCUCGUGGUUGCAGUUUAUCAAUGCAAACAUCAGAAAGUAAAAGACGGUAAAGCUGUCAUGAACAGAAAUGCAGAGAACGAAGAAGGUUUAGAGGAAGUGACGGCUGGCGCAGAAAAUAACAUCUAUGGAAAUGAAGAAGUUGUGAGGUACAAACAACAGAGUGCCUGUAACAACUAUGACGAUGUAGGUGAAGAUGAACCAGACUAUGAAAACUUCACAACAUCUGAAGAAGUUUACUGUAAUGAAAAUUUCCACAGAAGAUAAACAGAACAUGCAUUUCAGGUCAAAAUAUGGGUUUCACCUAUAUAGAUUUUAACUUGUUUGAUUUCUCUUUAACAGUUAAACAACAAAUUUUAAUGUACAGCCUUCUCUUUGUCACACUGAAAACUUUGUUUUGGUUUCUGUUUAGCCAUGAGAGAUAGCUGCUCUUUAUGCAUGUGUAGCUUGACUUGUUUUUAUAGCUUAAUUUUUAUUGUUUAGUGUUUUUUCUAAAGUUGUGGAAAAACUCAAACUAAAUUACUAACAUGAGAGCAAAGUAAAUAAAUAAACAAGCAAAAUGAAAUCUAAUGUUGUUUCAUAUAGUAAUAAGUUCAACAAUAUGUUUAACUGUUUCUGCCUUAUUUGAGCUGCGACAUUGUUACAUUCUGGUCAUUCAAAGUAUUUGGAUUGAAAUAGAGCAGUGAAACGUAAAAGGUUACAGUUUGCAGUUUUCAUUUUAUGAUGCUUUUUUCUGUUUGUUGCAAAUGUUGCUGGAUAGUGGAUACGAUUUUACAGAAAAAAAAGCAAACAAUCAGUGUGCAAUUCCUCAUAAGAUGUCAUAUAAACAUCCAAUGUGUUCAAAAGUG